AUGGCACUAAGCAAUAAUGUUAUAGGAGCAAUUAACUUCGUUGCCGUUCUCCUUUCAAUCCCAAUCAUUGGUGCUGGAAUCUGGCUAACAACAGAGCCAGCCGAUUCCUGUGUCAAAAUCAUACAAUGGCCUAUCAUCACCUUGGGGGUUCUGAUCUUUGUCGUGGCUCUGGCAGGUUUCAUUGGAGCGUUUUGGAGAAUACCCUGGCUUCUCAUAUUCUAUCUCAUUGCCAUGGUUGUGCUUAUUGGGUUGCUAGUUUGCUUGGUGGUUUUCAUAUAUAUGGUUACUCUUAGAGGCCAUGGGGACAUUGAACCCAAUCGGUCAUACUUAGAAUAUCAUAUGGAUGAUUUCUCAGGUUUUCUUCGUCGAAGGGUAAGAAGCUCAUACAAGUGGGAUCGCAUUAAAAGUUGUCUUAGCUCAACAACUAUGUGUGCUGAGUUGAACCAGAGUUACCGAAUGGCUCAGGACUUCUUUAAUGCACACCUAACACCCAUGCAGUCAGGGUGCUGUAAGCCACCAACCAAAUGUGGAUACACGUUUGUGAACCCAACCUAUUGGAUUAGCCCCAUUAACACGGCAGAAGAUAUGGAUUGCCUACAUUGGAGCAACGACCAAACACAACUUUGCUACAACUGUGACUCAUGCAAGGCUGGUUUAUUAGCAUCCCUUAGGAUAGAGUGGAGGAGGGCCAAUGUGAUAUUGAUCAUUACUAUGGUUGGUUUAAUUGCCGUAUAUGUGAUAGGGUUCUAUGCCUUUAGGAAUGCCAAGACCGAGGAGCUCUUUCGCAAAUACAAGCAAGGCUACAUUUGA